UCGCAUUUCCGUUCAGUAACGAUAACCGCACAACAACAUGGCUGACAAGAGCGAGGAGCACCACCACGGCCCACCGGCAGGCGACGACUGGGGUGACGACCAGUCUGCACGCCUGCGCGACGCAGGCUACAAGAUUGUUCGCUUUGGUGGACCAGGCAUCAUCUACGUCGGCCAAGUGGACUACGACGACAAGCCAGAUGGGACGGGCUUCAUGUUUCUUCCCAAUGGCGACAUCCAUCAGUGUGAGUUCCGCAACGGGCGCGCAGACGGCAAAGGCAUCUACAUGACCAGUAAAGGCACCGAAAUGGCAGGGGAGUGGCGCAUGAACAUGCGUGUUGGCGAGUUCAAGAUCGUCGACGGCAAGGGCGUGCACUGGCUCGAGCGCUACAACGACGAAGGCAAGAAAACGGCUCGCAAGAAGGUGAUCAAUGCAAGCGUCUGA